AUGACCAGAUCCCAGACCCCGCGACACGAUUACUACGAAAUCCUCAACCUCCCAUUCACAAGUCCCCCAACAGCCUUAUCCAAACAACAACUCAAGGUCGCAUACCACAAGGCUCUCCUGAAACAUCAUCCCGACAAGGCGACUUCAAUUGCGACCACUCCCGCACCCACACACGAUACGAAAACCGCCCAGCGCCCGAGCUCCGACCGUAACGCUGAUGCCUCCCCGACCUUCACUAUUGACGAGAUAACAGCGGCUUACAGGACGCUUUCUGACCCUGGCUUGCGCGCGGAAUAUGACCGUGUCCUCCGGCUUGAGCGGGUGACGGCGGGGAAGGGAGAGAAGAGCGCGGGGGCGGCGUUUCAUACGGGUCUUGAGGUUGUUGAUUUGGAGGAUCUUGUCUGCGAGGAGACGGGCGAUGGGGAGGGCCUAUUGUGCUGGUAUCGGGGUUGUCGGUGCGGAGAUGAGAGGGGAUUCAUGGUUACCGAGCUGGAUUUGGAGAAGGAGGCCGAGCAUGGGGAGGUUGUUAUCGGAUGCCGGGGGUGUAGUCUCUGGAUGAAGAUUCUGUUUGCGAUGGAAGAGGGCGAUGGUUGA